GGAAACAGGUCAAACACGCUUUACAACCGUGAGAGGGGAGGUUGCGCUACAGCUGAAGUUUGACCAAACUCCUGUUAACAAUUGUGUGAUCUUUGGAGUAUACUUUUUAUACAGGCCUACGCUUCCUUUGUGAUAUUUAAAAAAAAAACAACACACAAAUCGCAGUGGAACGGGGCUCGUGCAUUUUGGACGCGUAUGUUUCCUUCCUCUUUGAUCUUCCUGUAAACACCUGCGUGAUUCAGGUAACUCCCCGAUGAAGAGGGAAGUCCUCGCACACUGAGCGGCGAAAAGUUUAUCCUUCGGGAAUGUGUUCCAGUCGGGGUAUCUGCGGUAACAACAACCGCCCCGACAGAUCCUCGAGCACAGAAAGCACCGUAUCAGGCGCUCACUAUGCCCUGUGCGCCCUUGGAGUGGGGCUCAUCGCCCUGGGCAUUGUCAUGAUUGUGUGGACUGUGAUACCGAUGGAUGGAGAGGCAGCAGGCGGCUCCCCGGGUGCAUCUGGUAACUCCACCGCUGGGCCUGGGAUUGAGGAUGGUGAGGAAGAAGACGACAAAACAAAAUCUUCAUCAGUUGCUAUUGUUCUUGUUGGAGUUGGGGCAGCCAUGUUGCUUUUAUCCAUUUGCCUCGGUGUGAGAAACAAGAGAAGGGCCCGCAACCAAAGUAACCAGCCAGCAGCAACAGGAGUGGCCUUAAUGGACCAUGUGGCAGGAGAUCAGGAAGGGGUUCCAGAUGCAACAACAUACAGCGUGCCGAGCUACGAGGAGGUCAUUGGCAGUGGGAAUUACCCUGUCCGCCAGAGCAACCUGCGCCAAAGCACCUCCCAGCUGCCGUCCUACGAGGACAUCAUAGCUGCGGUGGAAAACGAGGGGACAGAGCCCGCCAACAACUCCACUGAGGCCAUCCCACUCAAUGACCCCACACCAUCUUCUCCUGCUCAACCCACGGCUGAGCAGGAGCUCACACCAACCCCCAGCCUGCCCACCCGCAGCAGCAGCCGUGCCAGCCGUUUACUGAGGCCCCUCCGAGUGAGGAGGAUCAAGUCAGACAAAUUACACCUGAAGGACUUCCGCCUUCAAAUCCGCAGCCCCACACAGAAUCCAGUGAUCAUUGAACCCAUCACUCCACCACCGCAGUAUGAUAAUAAGAUGCCUGAAUUAGGGUCUCCCACUGAUUGCCUUGCUCCAGAUGAAUAAAAAUAUCUGUGUUAAUUGGACUAAUGAUAACACUGCUUUCACGGUCGGUUAUUAGUAGGUUAAAUGUGGCUGCAAGCUGGGUGAUGUAGGCUGGGUAGACACGACUGGAGCAAGAAUAUCUCUUGAGUGGAUCUCUCGUUCAUCAUCCCUGAGGCUUGUCAUGGGCAUAUUUAUUCUGUUAAAAUGCUAAAUUAUGUCUGUGUGAAAGUAUCAGCUGUCAGAGUUGAGCUUUUGUUUUAAACAUCAUGACGUAACUUAUAUCUCACAGGACCUUAUUCUAUUUCACUUUUAUUUAAUAGAUGAUUGUAUGUCAUAAUGGACAAUCUCCUUAACUCCUGACUUUUCUUUCCAGUUAAAAGGAAUUAUGUUGUUUCUUUAUUGUUGUUUCUGAAUUAUUUUGAAGUUGAAAUAAUAAAUGUUAAAAGACGGGAAAAGGGAACUAAUAACCUGGGGGAGGUUUUUUUUUAAGAAAACUAUUUUUAUGACUUGUAACUUUUGGUAAUCGUAAGAAAAUGCACUGUAACACGUUUGUAAACAUUAGCUGUUUGUUUGAAAAUAUGUUUUGCUAUUUGUUUUAAAAUCUACUGUUUUACACAAUUUGGUUCUUGAAAAUCUCAUUUAUAUGAUGUCUACUGUGAACUUUGAAUUAUUACAAAACACUGUAAACUAUCUCCUACUGUGGAAAAUAACCUCUAGGAGUGAUGUAUUGUAUAUUAUGAUAUUGGAUUUGAUUUGUUGCUUCAUAGGACUUUUAAUUUUGUUCUGCUGGAAUAUUUCUUUAAAAAAAAGGGCAAAUGUUUUUCUUUUUGAUUCAUAAUCCUCAUAUUUGAAAUAUCACUAAAAUUACAUGAUUUUUUUUUUUCCAAAACCUCACCUGAUAGUAAUGCCAUGAUCAAUUUACAGCAAGUUUAUCUACAAAAUACAACUGAACCAAAAGUGACCGUGUCACACCAAAACCGGCUGAUUCCCCUGGAAGACAUAUAUCUACAAAUAAUUGCUGGUGAUUUCUCCUGUUUGCAUGCUGCAUGUUUGCUGGACUUUUAUUUAUUUUGAAAGAGAUACAUAUUGUCUUUUAACAAACAGUUAAUAAAAUUGAACUCCAGAUGA